CAUGAGCCUCCUGUCUCCUCUCGGUGCUACAUUUGGACUCUGUUCCUACGGACUCGUUGCUGUCCAGCUGCCGUCCAGCUGCUUCAGUCUUUAAACCAGAAUCCUUCCAGAGAAACGAUCGUUUUGAGGAGUUAUUUCGUGUCUGUCCAGUGGCGGGAGACUCCUGAAGCCUCAGAGCUGCUGCCUUUAACCGGAGCUCUGACUUUGAGUCCAUGCUGACAGGAUUCUUCUUCUGUAAUCUCACCAGAGUCCGUUCAGAAAACGGUCAGUCUGGUUAAGUCCUCAGCUGCUGUGUUUGUCUUCACUCGGAGUUGUCUGUGGAGCACAGAAAAGAUGUUGAGAAGUGCCUCAGCACAGAUCAUCAGGCAGGUGGUGAGAUACAGGAGCACUGAUGCCAGCCUCAUCCUGGAAAGAUCCAUAAACCGCGUUCAGCUGUUGGGUCGGGUUGGUCAGGACCCGGUGAUGAGACAAGUGGAAGGUCGAAACCCCGUUACCAUCUUCUCAUUAGCGACCAAUGAGAUGUGGCGCUCUGGAGAGGGAGAGAUGAGCUCACCAGGAGACAUCAGUCAGAAGACGACGUGGCAUCGUGUCUCCGUGUUCAAACCUGGCCUCAGAGACGUGGCCUACCAGCACGUCAAGAAAGGGUCGAGGAUUCUCGUGGAGGGAAAACUGGACUAUGGGGAGUACGUGGACAAGAACCAAGUCAGACGUCAGGCCACCACCAUCAUCGCAGACAACAUCGUCUUCCUGAGCGACAACAUUAGAGACAGAACCUGAAGGAUUUUCCUCUUCAUCCAACAUCUACGCAACUUCUUUUUGUAUUUUCUUGUUUAUAAAAAUAUAAGACUGAAGGACACCAAGUACAGGAACUGAACUGUUCUGAUCUGCCAGAAGGGGGCGAGAAUAAACUGACUCACUGAUCAUGUUUGACUAUGGCGCCUCCUGCUGGUGGAAGAGAAGACUUUGAGGCUUCAGGAGGAGCAGAAACAACCAUCUCCUGUAGUAAAUACACGCUUACUGAUUACGAGUCUGAUUGUGCUCUUUGCACAUAGUAGUCACAAAUAUAUAUAGAAAAACCCUUCAUGUGUGAAAAUAAUGUUGCCAGCAGGAGUUUAAGGGAUGAAAAUACAGUGAAACAUUUUUGGUAAUUUUGCCCACUUGCCUCAAAAAGCUUCUUAUACACCAUAACUCUGAGUUUGUGACUCAGUGCAAAGUUUUGAAAAGUUGUAGCUCUGUUGAGAGCAGCUAUUACUCAUGUUGGAAACCGUUUUAGUUUCAUUGUGUCAGUUAAGAAGAAGUGCUGCAUCGUGAGCAAGAUAAAUUCACCCUGUGGCCCUCCCACCCCUCGCAUCGUCCACCAUUUCCUUAUUGCAGCUUCCCCUGGUGUUUUAUUUGAAAGUAAAAUAGCUGCAAAACCUGAGCAAAAUUGCCUCUUUCAAAUGGUUCCUGCCCCUUUAAUCUUAGGGAUUAAGUAUUCUUUCAUGGGUUAAAACUACCUCCUUUUCCUUAAUCUAAAUAAACCUAAAGCUAAAUCUGAAAAGUGUUUUCAGAAGCUCUAAACAAGAAUGCUCUUAUUUGCUGGUGAGGUUUUGUUUUGCAGAUAGCCCAGUAACAUGAGUUCUGAUUUUACACAGAAAACCAGAAUCUUUCUAAAACUUGACACCUUUAGAGAAACCAGAGGACAGCUGAUCAUUAUGUCUUUGAUUUUAAUGGAGCUGAUUCCUUUGUCAUACUCAAGCAAAAAGCAGGUUAGUGUGAGAACUCAAUGGGAUAAAUGAAACAUCAGUUGCUAGCAGUGUGCUUUUUUUUUUUUUUGGCCACUCAGCUCGAAUCUAAAUCACUAUUGUACAAUAAAGUACUACUCUGUCAUGUGACCACAGUUUGGCCCUUGUGAACCUUGAGAUAUCUCGUUGUUUCAGCUUGUGUCAUGUCCAGAUGUGACUUGACUUGAUGCCAAAUGUCAGCUGCCCAUGCAAAUGUCUCAUGAUUAACGGUUCAGUUGGACAGAAAAGUGCAGGUCACUGAAGCACUUAAAGGUAAACAAAGAAAAAAAAAGAGGUCAGUGUGCAAAUUUAGAACAUUUUUACCCCGUUGCAUUUUGUUUUCCUGUCUGAACGCCUGAGUUGUGCACUGUUCUCACUGCGUGGUGUACUGAUAAUGGCAGGUUGGUUCAUGUUGUCUGUUUUCUGCUCUGUCACUCUUCUGUCAGUUUCUAUCACACUCAUCUGUUUUUGUUUCCUGUCUGACAGUGACUGGUUGCUUUCAGUUAACCACUGUCGCCUAAUGUCUCUGUAAUGGUUGCUUCAAUAGACUUUUUUUUUCCAGAACAUGA